GCCGUUCUCCUCUGAAGUGCUGUACAGGAAGUGGUGUGGUCUAAAUGCGGGGUGAAAAUCAAGGCUCAUAACUCACGGCCGUGCUUUGCUCUGUGGUUGUCAAUUUGCUUUCAAACUGAUACGGUUUGUGUAGUUUUGGCCGCACAGCACUGGAGCAUACACACGGUGUGGAUUUCUUAUUUGCCUUCUGAAACGGCAGAUCAUACCUUCUGCUAAGGAAGACACCCUCCUUCCUAAGGUUGAUACCAUGCCACUGUUUUCAGUCCUUUUUCGGGUCAGGUUAAUACCACCUUGCUAUGAAAACAAAGCACUUUAGAGCCAUUGCUGCAACAUACCUGUAUUGUGCGUUACUAAACCCUAAAAGCAGAGAUAGAAGCUGAGUGCUCUGGGACAAAGCAGCAGGUGUGUAGGGUCUAACAGGAGGUAUUUGCUUUAAUCCUACUUAGUAAGUAAGAGCUGGCAGCUUUCACAGAACCGGUCUUUAGUAAUGUAUUUUGUACUCGCACAAAAGAACAGAGUGAAAGAAGUUGCUGAUCCAAAGUCAGUCUUCCUUUAGUCAGUGUGUCAGUGUUUUGGAGGGCCAGUAACAUACUGUAUUUCUGGAUUUCUAUGACAGAAGAGCGGUGUUUGUGCCUGAGAAAUCAUGUUCAACUUCAGAAGCAUCCUGAAGAUACUGCAGUUCCUGACAUUACUGAUUUUUUCCUCUCUUGAGAACUUAAUCUUCCUCAUCUUUCCUCCACGCCAAAAAAGUUUUGCUGGGGAAAUAGUGCUCAUUACGGGCUCCGCAAACGGGGUUGGAAGACAGAUUGCCUUAAAUUUUGCUCCUUUAGGAGCAACCUUGGUCCUUUGGGACAUUGAUGAUGAAGGUAACAAAGAAACAUGCAGAUUAGCUCAGAAAAAUGGAGCUAAACGAGUGUUUGCCUACCACUGUGACUGCAGCAACAGGGAGGAGGUCUAUGAACAGGCAGACAAGGUUAGAAGAGAAGUUGGGGAUGUUACUGUUCUAAUCAAUAAUGGUGGUGUACUGCUUGGGAAAAAGUUCUGUGACAUUCCAGAUGCAGAUUUUGAAAAGACCUUAAGAGUCAACUUCCUCUCUCAAGUCUGGACUUGCAAGGCCUUUCUUCCAGCCAUGAUGACUUGUAACCGUGGACACCUGGUUAGCACAGCCAGUGCAGCAGGACUGUUGGGAGUCUAUAGAAUGUCAGAUUACGCUGGAAGUAAGCAUGCAGUCAUUGGAAUGAUGGAAGCCUUAGCUUCAGAACUGUAUCAUGCAGGAAAACAAGGCAUUAAAAUCACAAUCAUUUGCGCUUCUUUUAUCAAUACUGAAUUAGCUGAAGAUUUUCAAAGCCAAAACCACCCUUUUCUUCCUAUUUAUGAUGCAGAGUAUGUAGCCAGCAAGAUCAUAGAUGCAAUUCAAAAGGAGAAGUUUUAUCUAAUCAUGCCUCUGAGUUUACGCUUUCUUGCUUUUAAAAUUCUCAUUCCUAGAAAAAUGGUACUACUCAUUCAGUCUUUCCUUAAGAUUGCCAACAGCUUGGAUAAAGCCUUCAGUUGGAAGAAAAAGGAUUGAAACUAAAACACUCUGAAGACCUCAAGUGCCAUCUAAUUGAAAAAAAAAAA